CUGACCCCUCCCCUCCCAGAAGCCCAGCAGCAGCAGCAGCAGGACACGAGCUGCCUCAUCUCUCUCAGAGGAGAUCCCGAAAGAAAACCCCCCUCCCGCCUCUACGCGCACACACACACACGCAGAGCCAUGGCAGACAACGCCGGCUUGGAAAACCACCGCAUCAAGAGCUUUAAGAACAAGGGGCGAGAUGUCGAGACUAUGCGAAGACAUCGAAAUGAAGUGACGGUGGAGUUGAGAAAGAACAAACGAGACGAACAUCUACUGAAGAAGAGAAACGUCCCGCAGGAGGAGAGUCUGGAGGACUCUGAUGUCGACUCAGACUUCAAAGGGCAAAACGUUACUCUUGAUGCCAUCUUACAAAACGCAACCAGCGACAAUGCGGUCAUCCAACUCAGUGCAGUGCAGGCAGCCAGAAAACUGCUCUCCAGUGACAGAAACCCUCCUAUUGACGACUUGAUAAAGUCUGGCAUCCUGCCCAUUUUAGUCAAUUGCCUGGAAAGAGAUGACAACCCCUCUCUUCAGUUCGAGGCAGCUUGGGCUCUGACCAACAUUGCCUCUGGGACGUCGGCACAGACUCAAGCUGUGGUUAAAUCCAAUGCAGUGCCGUUGUUUCUGCGACUGCUGCACUCUCCCCACCAGAAUGUAUGUGAACAGGCUGUUUGGGCGCUGGGAAACAUUAUAGGUGAUGGCCCACCGUGCAGGGAUUACGUCAUCUCCCUGGGCGUGGUCAAGCCACUGCUCUCCUUCAUCAACCCUUCUAUCCCAAUCACCUUCCUACGCAACGUCACGUGGGUCAUUGUGAACCUCUGUCGCAAUAAGGACCCGCCCCCGCCCAUGGAGACAGUGCAAGAGAUCUUGCCUGCCCUCCGUGUGCUAAUACAUCACACAGAUAUAAAUAUCCUCGUCGACACAGUGUGGGCUUUAUCUUACCUGACGGACGGCGGUAACGAGCAGAUCCAGAUGGUCAUCGACUCUGAUGUUGUCCCGCAUCUUGUGCCUCUCCUCAGCCACCAGGAGGUGAAAGUGCAGACGGCGGCUCUGCGAGCGGUAGGGAACAUCGUUACUGGCACAGACGAGCAGACACAAGUUGUCCUCAACUGCGAGGUCCUCAGAUACUUCCCCAACUUGCUCACACACCCUAAAGAAAAGAUCAAUAAGGAAGCAGUCUGGUUCUUGUCCAACAUUACAGCUGGGAACCAGCAGCAGGUCCAGUCUGUGAUCGAUGCAGGACUCAUCCCCAUGAUCAUUCACCAACUGGCCAAGGGGGACUUCUGUACUCAAAAAGAGGCAGCGUGGGCCAUCAGCAACCUCACCAUCAGUGGAAGGAAAGACCAGGUGGAGUACCUGGUGGAGCAGAACGUCAUCCCGCCCUUCUGUAACCUGAUGCUGGUCAAAGACCCCCAGGUGGUGCAGGUUGUCCUGGACGGCCUAAAGAACAUCCUCAUCAUGGUGGGCGAUGAAGCCAGCACCAUCGCUGAGAUCAUCGAGGAGUGCGGAGGUUUGGAGAAAAUUGAGAGCUUGCAGCAGCAUGAGAACGAGGACAUCUACAAGCUUGCCUUUGAAAUUAUUGAUCAGUACUUUUCAGGAGAUGAUAUCGAUGAAGAUUCCAGCUUGAUCCCUGAGAACACUCAAGGAGGAACCUUCAACUUUGACCCUGCGUCCAACAUGCAAACCAAGGAGUUUAAUUUCUAAAAAGGAAAAAAAAGCCAGGAUGUUUGCUUCAAGCAGCUGCACGGGUACUCUGUAAAUUCCCCCCAAACCCCACAACCACCGCCACUCCCUUUCCCUACCUCCUCUUCCUCCUCCUCCCACACUGACAUUCAUUCAGCUCUGUUCCCAACCUGGAUGCAUCACUUCAACAUGGAUCCUCACAGUCAACACUGAGGGAUUAUUUCAGCGCCGCUGCACUGAAGGCUGCUGCCUUUUUUUUUUUUUUUUUAUCACCAUUUGGCAACCUACACAUGACAGUCGUUUUUCCCAACAUAUCACACAAGCACACUUUAAACACAUUUUGACAAGCCAUCAUAUCACUGCGGUGGAAAAAACUACUGUUUUUGUGCUUUUCCCACACACAACUCACUCCUCACGCCACAGCUAAGCCAUGAUUACCCCCUCCUUGCCACACCUCACUGAGGGUGAACAGCUCCACGUUGGAACUUUUGACUUCUUCACGAUGUCACUUUUUAUUUUUUAUUUUAUUUUUUUUCAUCUUCUUCCUUCUAAAAAUAGGAUGCCGAAGUCAUGAUUCUUCCCAUGUAAAAAGUGAAGUGCAGAGACUUCCUGUCCGCUGGAGAACACUUAGAGCUCAUGACUCCCCUCAAAUGUGAAACUCGCUGUCGUCGGGAGGGCGGCAGCCGUGCGGUUUUAAAACCCACCCAAAACUGAUCUUUUAUAACUACAUGGUUAUAUAUUUGUUUUCAAACAAUAUUGGGUCUUUUAAAAGUUUUUAGUUCACAACUUUUGGUUGGAGCUUCCAUGAUGUUUUGGUUUGGACCUUUUCUCCAUCUCCUCAGUCUUAGGCUAACAUCCGCAAACGUAUCGAGGCAUUUUAGGACCACGCUGACGAGACAAAAAUGUUAAGCUAAAGUUGAGAGAACUAUGUAAUGAGGAACAAAAGUCGAGAACGUUUGUGGAAAAGGUUAGUUUAGAAUAGUAAAUUUGAUAGUGAUAUUGUUACCAAAGUCUUGAUAUCAUGUCACCACUUUUUUGUUGUAAUAUUGCCACUAUGUUCUCUGAAUAUUCCAGGACGGGAAUUACACCUUUUUCUUUUUUCUUUUUUCAGUAAAGAAUUUUUUUUUUUUACUAACAUACAAGUACAAUCAAGUUGUACUUUUAUGAGGAAAAAGUUGAGCAUAAAAUUGACAUAUUAUGAAACUUUUUUUUUUUUUUUUUUAAUAUGUAAAUUUUAUGCUCAACUUUUUCCUCAUACAAGUACAACUUGAUUGUCAUAAUUGUUCAAAUUAGUUGUACUGUAGGUUAUUUCUUUUCAGUGUGGUCCUAAUAGUCUCUUAAAGCGUUAAUAGUCACUAUUUUUAAUAAUUUUUUAAAUGGGAGAAUGGCGUGUCACAGUGCUGCUUCACGCUCUCGUGUCAUUACUCGAUUUAAACACUUUGUAUAAAAAAUGUGAUGUGUAUCUCUUUGCCGUCUAAUGAACACACAUAUAUACAUAUAUAAAUAUAUAUUAAGUAUAUUGACAUGAAGCCUGUACAAAGCUGCUGCAGCUGACACUCGGUGGACAACGUUGACGAUGACCUCGCUGUCAAAGAUGCUGAGGCACUUGUUUUUUUGUUUUUUUUAUUUUGGACUUGCAUACGUAUUGUGAUGACAUGCUGAUUUAUCAUUGGAAUGGAACUGUUAUUUUUCUUCGUAGUGGUGUCGGGCUGAUACCAGCUGAUGUUGCGAUAUUAUAGCGCUCCUCUGGUUGGCUGCUAACUACUGAAGGGGGGGGGGGGGGGGCGUGGUAGUUUAUAAAGGAACACAAUUGUACAGUGCGGGUGUACAGUCAGUCAUGCACUAGCAGACUUCGAGCGAGCCACUUUAAAGAUUUACAAUUUUGUUUGCCUUGUAGCCAAAUUGGAUACAAGCUUAUGUUUGUUGCAAGAUUUUUACUUGCUCGUGAAAAAAAAAAAAAGUUGUUUUAAUGAACACCAGAAGAAACCGCAACAGACAGCGUUUUGGCCUCUGAUUGUUUAUAUCUUUUUUAUAAAUUUUAGAUUGAAACACUCGUCUCUCUUUAAGGUGGCUCAUUGUUGCUUUCAACUCCUGUGCAUAUUAAAAACAAUUUUGAGUUGAAAAAAAAACACUUUUGGUGCCUUUUCGUUUUUCAUUUCAAAGGUCCUAAUAGAAUGGAGACGAGAGCAGGUUUAAAUCUAUAAAUAUACUAUAUUAGUGUUGUGACGUUCACAAACAAGUAGAGUCUUUUGAACGGCUCUUUUACUGUCUGCGAACGAGGGGAACCAUUUGGGAGUCGUUUGUUUUCUGCGAGCCAUUUUUAUAUUAAAAUUGUCCACGCUGCCUACAGUACAUCUUCACGCCACUUUUAGUGCUGUACCAGAUUCACAUUUUUAUUAUGUGCACAAUUGCAUUCUUGUUGUAGAUCAAUUGCGUUCAUCAUGUCUUCUUAAUGAAUAGGUACACCAUUCUUGUUUUGAGUAAGAGAUGUCUCUUACAUGCUAACACUUCGUCAGAGCUAGUGUGACAUGUCUAAAAAACAUCUGACCGGGCCAGGAAACUUUGAAAAUAAAGAUCUUGUUCCUAAGUA